GCAACACGCAUACUCCAAAAGCCCAGAGCUCUCUCUUCAAAGACCCCUUGUCGAAACUGCCUUAAGUGGGCUGUUUAAAGCUCGCGCUUCCUCUUGUAUCUCGCGGCUUUCCCUGUUUGUCCUUCGCUUGCCUCAAGCUUGCCCCUCGCCAUACCCAAUCCAACAGGCACACGACUCGACUCGAGACGGCAUCUCGGCGGUUCCUGCAUUGGAGAUGAGACCCGAAGCCGGGGUCUGGCACAUCGCGUUGGUUCCUUGAUUUUGUCCAUUCGCUCGUGUCGAGUCUUGGUGAUGCGUUGUUACGGCGCACCAAAAGUCCGUACGAAGUACGGAUUCUAGCCCUUUGCCCCAGUUGGCAUGGCGACGGCAUUAGAAACACAAAGUCCCGGAUGACAGCCAAGAAUCAUCCUCGGGUUCUUUACGGAUACAAUCACUCGGCGCCCUGCCACACAUUGCUACACCGGUCAGCUCGCCUGGUCUCUUACACAACAGCUGAGGCUAUUCGCAGUCGAACUUCCCUGCUCUGCGGGUACAUCUACUGCAGGAACCCCAGGCGGCUCCGUGUUUCCCAUCGAGACCCAUCGAUUUCUCUCCCCCACCAUGCAAAGUCCCAUCCUCUUCGCCUCUGCAGCGGUAAGCUACACCAACACACCGCUCGAUUUGGCGGUCAAUCUCACACUUCAACUACAAACUGUCACUUUAUGAAUUACAAUCCUCUUGUGGCUGCCAGACUGUGAUCUAGUCACCUGUCACGGCUGUCGAAUGUCAACCGUUCCUUCUGGCUCUCUCUCGGGUCCGCAUUGACCGUCUUCGCCGGGUGCUAGCGUCGUCUGCCUGCGGUGCCCGAGUUGCCGGAAAUGCCUAGAUCACGGGAGUCUAUGUGUUUGCCUCGCCCAGCGCAGUGACUAUCAACAACACUGCCAUCCUUAGGGAAACUUUCUUCGACGGCGUUGGAAAACUGUCAUCAUCUGGAUCUGUUCGCGAAAGAACACGCCUGGUAAGCCAUUGACGCAAUCCAUAUGCUAUUUCGCCUGCCUCGUCCAGCCGGUCACUGAUUACACAGACUCGACGCUGAACGGUUAUCCUUUAGAGAAGGAAUCACAGCCUCCAAAGAAUUGCCAGCGAAGAACUCGUGAUGACUCACUGACAACAUGAUCAAGCCUCACA